AUGGCGCUGAAGGAGGGCAGCGGCGGCGCCACCAUCCUGCCCAUCAGCGACAUGGUGUCGUCGCCGGCGGAGGGGGGCUGCGGCGCCUUCCCGGAGGUGGUGGAGCUGAACGUGGGCGGGCAGGUGUACGUGACCAAGCACUCGACGCUGCUCAGCGUGCCGGACAGCACCCUGGCGCACAUGUUCGCGCCCCGCCGGAGCGCCCCGCGGGAGUUGCCGCGGGACAGCCGGGCGCGCUUCUUCAUCGACCGCGACGGCUUCCUCUUCAGGUACGUGCUGGACUACCUGCGCGACAAGCAGCUGGCGCUGCCCGAGCACUUCCCCGAGAAGGAGCGCCUCCUGCGCGAGGCCGAGUUCUUCCAGCUGGCCGACCUGGUCAAGCUGCUGGCGCCCAGGGGGGCCAAGCGGGGCUCGCUGCACGACGAGGGCUGCCAGAGCGACCUGGAGGAGGCCGACUCGCCCGGCGGCGGCGAGCUCCUCCUCCUGCAGCCCCGCGAGAAGCGCGCCGGCUUCAUCACCGUCGGCUACCGCGGCUCCUACGCCGCCGCCGCCAGGGACGGCCAGAGCGACGCCAAGUUCCGACGGGUGCCCCGCAUCAUGGUGUGCGGCAGGAUCGCCCUGGCCAAGGAGAUCUUCGGCGAGACCCUCAACGAGAGCCGCGACCCGGCCCGCCCGCCCGAGAAGUACACCUCCCGCUUCUACCUGAAGUUCACUUACCUCGAGCAGGCCUUCGACCGCCUCUCCGAAGCCGGCUUCCACAUGGUCGCCUGCAACUCCACCGGCACCGCCGCCUUCGUCAACCAGUACCGGGACGACAAGGUCUGGAGCAGCUACACAGAGUACAUCUUCUACAGACCGCCGCAGAGAACAGCUUCUCCGAAGCAAGACCACGAAGACAGAAAGCACGAAAAAGUCACAGACAAAGGAAGUGAGAGUGGAACUUCCUGUAACGAGUUGUCCACUUCAAGUUGUGAUAGCCACUCUGAACCAAGCACGCCCCAGGAAAAUGCGGCUACCACCCAGCCAGCUGCUGGACAUCAGCCAAGCACUCUAACUUUGGAUCGGCCCUCUAAGAAGGCCCCUGUACAGUGGAUGGCGCCCCCAGACAAGCGCAGGAAUAGUGAACUUUUUCAAACUCUCAUUAGCAAGUCCAGAGAAACAAACCUUUCCAAAAAGAAGGUCUGUGAGAAGCUGAGUGCUGAAGAAGAGAUGCAGAAAUGUAUUCAGGACUUCAAAAAAAUCCAUAUUCCGGAUUAUUUCCCAGAGCGCAAGCGCCCUUGGCAGUCUGAACUGUUACAGAAAUACGGGCUAUAGUCUUUUCAGUAUUUCUUGACAUAUCAAUGGUGCGUUUAGUGUCUAUUAAGUUGCCACUUUAUUACUGAAGUACUUCUUUCUGGUCCACUCUGAGCGAGGUAGACCGAGUUGUCCUCUGAUUCAUUGUUGCUGCUUCAUUCUCUACAUGAACACUGGGUGUCAGAUGGGUUGAUUUCUUGUUCUUUUUUUCUUUUUCUUUAAAAAAUUGGAAAUCAUGAAACAAAAGCAUUAUGGAUCAUUUUAUAAUAGGUAAAAAUGUGCAUGAUAAGACAUUUUUGGUUUUUGACCUUCCCAUUCAUGAAACAAAUAUAUCCAUCAGGUCAUUUGUCAUCCUUUGUCCACAUUAGUGGUGAUGCAGAAUUCCAGCGGAUGAAGAAGAAGGGAGCUUGUGAUGACGGAAUCAAAAUCCAAACACUUUUAAAAAAUGUUAAUGCAAUAAAGCAAAUGUCUGUUUUGCAUGAGCACUACAGUGACAACUGAACCACGCAAGAAAAAAAAAAGGGGGGGGAGGUGUUGUCUGCUGCUUUGGAUAAAUAUUUUUGUUCAGUACCCAAGGCUCUAAAUGUACGUCUUUGGGACCGAGCUUUGUGAGGAUUUGUGUGUGGCUGUGUGUUGUUUUGUAAGGAUGGUGUAAAUAUGCCUUUAUGCUAUUUUAUGGCUGCGCCAACAUUCACCUGCUCGUGUUCAUCGGGACUAUUUUGUGUGAAACGCAAAACUAUCAGCAGCUUGUGAAAACUGGUUUGAUAGUCUGAAAAUUUCUGUUUUCAUGUUAGUCAAGAAAGUUGGGGGUGGGGG